AUGAGCUUUGUUGGUGGCCUGAAGGUUGUCUGGAGUUCUUCGCUGUACCUGCAGUCUGAUUCUUCCAUUGCCAUUUCUAUGACGAAUGUUCGCUCGGCGUUCCGAAUCGACCAGGUCGACUACCUCAGCUACACGCUCAACCUCCAAAGCUAUCGAGAUACCUGUGUCUAUCAGAGCGGCUCCUGUGACUACUCUGGCUAUGCAGACUGUAUCAAGAUGGGGGUCAAAUGUUUCAAGGCAGAAAACCUGAACACAACUGCGUGUAUCGACUGCCUCCAAUUUGGGGGUAGCUGCGAGGAACAUACUCCACCGAUAGACUGUUCCCCAUUUCUUGACCAAGUUAAUCUUGUUGGGGAUUUCCACACAACGUUGGAGUUCAGAUUUGGUCUGUCCCGUCGGCUGAGUUACCAGAUCCUCCACACGUACGUGCCGUCUUCCUGUGUGGUCGCGAUUUCCUGGGUUUCAUUCUGGCUCGACCCGGCGUCUGCUCCGGCCAGAACUAGCCUGGGGGUAACCACUGUCCUGACCAUGGUCACACUGAGCACCAAAAUCGGGGCAACACCAGAGCAUAACUACAUCCGGGCUAUCGACAUCUGGAUGCUGAGCUGUAAGCUGUUUGUGGUGCUCGCCCUGCUGGAAUACGCCUUCGUCAACUUUGCAGCGAGACAAGCGUCUAAAGCUGCGAAAAGCCAGAAGACGACCAUUGCAGGGGAGGGAGAAGAGGACAAAAGUUUCGUGCCCAACGAAGACAGUUUGGACGAAAACAGGGAUUUCCAACUGCCGAAGAUAAAGUUCACCAUCGCAGGAUAUGAAAUGGCAAAGAAACUGGACUACGUCUCACGAUUCCUGUUCCCGACGUUCUACAUAGCCUUCGUAGCUACCUAUCUUGGCGUCUUAUCGUCUUCUGAGCAUUAAAUCUAAAAUGUACGUUGGUUCAAGGAUGCAAGUCAUCCGAUUCAAAGCUGGCGCAAAUGAAGAAAAGCUGAUGGAGAAAGCACCACGAUGUAGCACAAAGCAUAUCAAUUAACGCUCAAGGAUAUAAACCAGUUGAUCUUGAGAUCUCACAAGUGUCACUGACGAAUUUGCCUGACCGUUUCCAAAAUCAUAUUCUGUUGCUUGAGUAACCACUCGUGGCUGAGAACGACACUUCAAAUUCACUUGGCACGUUAUAUAAUAGCCCAGCUACAUGACAACGCUUCAAGGCUUUAAGGAAAGCAAUGCUUCAAAAGGACUUGAGUCCAUGAAGUGUCCUUAAAACAUGAGUAACAAGUUACUGUUGAUGUAAUAGAAUGGUGACUGAGCAAGCAAAUUAGCAGUCUGCAGUCCAAAUUGUGUAGUGGCCACACCAGAGCUUGCGUUUGAGUACCUGAAAACCUCAAUUGAAAAUGUGUAU